GUGUCGCGACCCCAAGACUUCCGGUGGCUUUGGGCCGAAUGUGGGCCACGAUGCAGAUCUGGUGAACCCACGUGCGCAGAACGCCGGCGGCGUGGGCUCGCCGGAACGAGGCGUGGGUCCCCGGAGUGGUCGCGUGGUCGGCAGUGGCGAUGGUGAGUGUGAAGUGGGUGGUGAUCGGGUGGUGCCGAACAAAUGGGUACUGGAGAUUUUCACCAUGGGCAGUCUAGUAAUCCAAGAAUGUGCCCAUUUUGGAGUGGUGGCCUUUAUUGCUGGAUUACAACAAGCCGAUGGCUCCUUUGCCAGUGAUGCGUGGGGCGAGGUGAAGAAUCUUACCCAACAUCCCUCAAUGUCCUUUGGGGAAGUAGUGGCACUGCCAGCCAGCUGCUCUACUCCUGGAGUUGAGCCGGAUUGUCUGGAGCAACUACGCCAAGACUGUCUUGCAGCGAGUGAGAAGUGCUUCUGUGGGGACUACGGCUAUCUUUUCCAUGAAGGUUUUGCUAGCUUUCUAGAGACGAAUGCUUCCGAGGAGGAAGGUGCAAGCUUCUUCUACUGCUGCUCACUUGAGAGUUGUAAGCAUCUUGCACAUAAUUACGACAGUGCUGGGCUGGCCCUCUUGAUUGUGGGUGUGAUCGGAGUUCUGAUUUCAACCUUGUACCUUCAACUUCCGCGAAGGAUCGUGACUCUCAAGCCCAACGACGAGGAAUACCUGGCACCUGCGUGGCGUGGAGAUGGAGCAGCGCUUCAUGACCAGGUGCCGUUCCACGAGUGGUGCGUGAAUCUUGAAGACUUGCGACAGUUCCGCAGGCUGGUCAUGCACGCUGUGGCUCAAGGACAACUUCGGCCCACUGAGCGAGAUCCGUUCGAAGUGAUGGAUUGGACGGGAGGCUCCUUUCUCAUGGAGGUGCGGAAUUUCCGACCGCCGGUUUUACUUGCAGGCGGGUAUUUGUAUGCUAUGCUUGCUGCAUUUGGCAUCGCCGCGAUCGCACUCAGUCCACCUUACCUGUCUGAGCAUCUGAAAAGGUUGAGCGUUGCAGUAAGCUGUACCCUGAUGAGUACCCUAGGGGCAAGGCUUGAUUUGAUCACAGAAAUGGGUGAACUGGGCUGGAUGGUGUCCAAGCUGAGCUGGUUCCAGCUGUGCUGUUGCCUGGAAAUUGACAGAGUGAUGACUUCAGAUGCCUACCUUCGCAGCCAAUUCUUGCAGCGGGGCUUCAGUGGAAGAUUGGUAGAGGCCGAAUGUUCUGCAGUUGCAGACAAAGAGAAUAUCCACCACGAGCUGGCUUUGAGUGGCAAAGCACAGGAGGUGGAAGAUGCCGUGCAAACCUUGAUGCACAUGAAUUUGGUGACGCCUGAGCUAGAAUCAAUAGUGAGUUUGGCAGGCACUCUGGGUGAUGUCUCCUACUUCCGCUGGUUCUUAGUAUCUUUCGGAGUCAUGGUUUGGGCCAUCUUUCCCCUCGUGAAUUACGGCCUUGGCCCCGGGAACAAAUUUAGUGCGUUCCAUGGAACUCUGUUGGUGGAGGCCAUUUUGUGGCUGGCCCUCCUUGCGUGGCUACCACCUGAGCGGCAGACUUUUGCCACAAGUUGGAUGAAAGUUUGGCUGCUUCACCUCUUGGUCUUUGACAUAUAUGACUAUGGUUCUGACAAUCAAUCACUUGUAGCAGCAGCAGUAGUGGGCCCCCUGUGUAUUUUGGUGUCACUGGCAGGGCCGCUUCGCGUCGCUCGUAUCCCCUGCCUGGGCAUUCUUCUCAUCAAACUGUUCGCCUACUGCGCUUUGUCGUCCUUGACCAUCUUGGAUGCCUUGGACCAGAUCGACGUGGAUGCAUGUGUGGAUUGGAUCUUGCGUUGCAUGAACUACGAGGGGUCCUUUGGCCCGGUGCCAAGGGCGGAAUCUCAUGCGGCCUACGUGUUUUGUGCCGUGCAGGCCUUAGCGUUGGUGGAUGCACUGGAGGCUGUGGACGUGGAUCGCCUGGGCUGGUGGCUCUGCGAGCGCCAGACGCCCAGUGGCGGCUUCAACGGGCGACCCGAGAAGGCGCGGCCGUUCUCGAAGCGGUGGAAGGAAGAGGCGCCCGAUGUGUGCUACAGCUGGUGGAUCUUGUCGGCCUUGGUGACCCUGGAUCGCGCGCACUGGAUCGACAUGGAAAAGCUGGCUGACUUCAUAGCUCUCGCACAGGAUCAGGAGGAGAUCCUUGGGUCGAGAGGUGCAGAAGUGCGAAGGGAGUGCUUCGGGCUAGAUGAAUCAAGCAUUUUCCAUAUCAUUAGUAGAGCUCGCUCGCAUAGGAGUGCUUCCACCAUCUUCCGCCGUGGCUGA